UUAAGUUGGAAGUACGAAAUCGUCAUAGCAACGAUGUAAUGCGCUGCUUGAAAUUCAGGUCACUGUUAAACAACGCCCCCUAUGUAGCCCAUCUGAAGUUUUAUUAACAUAUAUAUGUAAAUAGAGAGAUAAAAUAGUUACCGUUGAAAUAUUCAGUUAGGUGUCUUCUUUACCCUACAAAGAACUCGGAGAGAAUAUUCUUUUCCAAAAUGGCUUCCGAAUCUGGUUGUUCUUGCUCCGUUGAAACUGUGGCUGUCAUUGAUGCAAAUAACAAUCUCGGAAUGAAUUUAUAUCAACUGUUGGCUAAGGAAGGAAAAAAUACUUUCUUUUCGCCUUUCAGUCUUUCAGCAGCCUUGACAAUGUUUUUUUGUGGUUCAGAAAAAGAAACCUCUAAGGAAAUUAGGCUUGCUAUUGGUUACCAAUUGGGAAAUAUCACAGAGGAUAAUAUUAAAUCUGCUUUUCAACAACUUCUAUCUACGUUGGAAAAGACUCCUGAUAAUUAUGUUUUAAAUUAUGCUAAUAGUGUAUUAAGUCAGAAAGGAUUUGCUGUGAAAGAAGAGUACAAGUGGGUUCUUCAAGAAUUUUUUAGAGCUCUGAUACUGGAAGUGGAUUUUGUUAUCGAAUCUGAGAAAGUCAUCAGUCACAUCAAUGAUUGGGUAAAAAACAAAACCAAUCAUAUGAUUCCUAAACUUGUGGAUUCGCUUGAUCCUUCUACAGUUAUGGUAAUAUUGAAUGCUGUGUACUUCAAGGGAACUUGGUCACAUAAAUUCAAUGAAAUGUUAACUUACCGUCAGAAUUUUUACAACAAAGGAAUGGAGGACAACAUGAAGCUAGUAGAUAUGAUGCAUAUUACAGAAUCGUUUCUUUACUCUGAGAGAGAAUCUUUUAAAGCCUUACAGCUACCGUAUAAAGGAGAUGAAAUAGCCAUGCUUAUUUUACUCCCAAAAUCCAGAAAUGGUUUGAAGGAACUGGAAAAGCAACUGUCUGCCGAUUUCUUCAAAGAUUUAAAACGCGAAAUGCUGCUUAAAGAAGUAGAUGUAGCUCUACCCAAAUUUCGAUUGGAAUAUUCCAAAUCCAUGAAAGAGACUUUUCAAGAACUUGGAAUAAGGCGACUCUUUGAAUGUGGCGCUGAACUAAAUCGAAUAAGCGACGCUCCGGAUCUGAUGGUGUCGCAGAUCAUCCAUAAGGCUGUUAUUGUUGUAAAUGAAGAAGGAACUGAAGCGGCUGCUGCUACACUUGUUAACGUCGUGGGAUUCUCACUGACAUUUAAUCCAGAAUUUAUCGUUGAUCAUCCAUUUGCUUUUGUUAUAUAUGAUACGAAAUGUGAUCUUAUUUUAUUUAUGGGCAAAGUUGAGGAACUCCCUAUCGAAUCCAUUUUUACUUCUGAAAACGAUGCAAUGGCUGUGGCACAAGCAAAUAAUCAUCUGUCUGUGAAUUUAUAUAGAGUGCUGUCCAAAGAAGACGGAAAUGUUUUCUUUUCACCCUUCAGUCUAUCAACUACCUUGGCAAUGCUCUUUUGUGGUUCCAAGAGUAAUACAUCAGAAGAAAUGCGAGAAGUCCUUGGAUAUGAACUUGCUAACAUUCCAGAUGAAAAUAUCAAGUCUAGUUUUCAACAGCUUCUAUCUCUUUUGCAAAAAACGCCUGAUAAUUAUAUUUUAAGUUACGCAAAUAGCUUGCUAAGUCAGAAGGAUUUCAACGUUAAAGAGGAAUACAAAACAAUCCUAGAAGAAUCUUUCAAAGCCUUGUUGAUGGAAGUGGAUUUUGUCCAUGAAUCACAAAAAGUAGUUUCGCAAAUCAAUGAUUGGGUGAAAGACAAAACAAAUAACAUGAUACCUCAACUUUUGGAUUCUCUUGAUCCUGCUACAGUUCUAGUGAUAUUAAAUGCUGUAUAUUUUAAGGGAAACUGGUUGAACAAGUUCAAUGAAAAAGCAACUUUUCUUCAAUAUUUUUAUAAUAAAGGCAUAGAAGACAACGCUGUACAAGUUGAUAUGAUGCAUCUCAAGGAAUCGUUUCCAUAUUUUGAAAAUGAAUCAUAUAAGGCUGUGCAACUGCCAUACAAAGGAGAGGAAAUAGCCAUGCUUAUUUUACUCCCGAAUUCAAGAAAUGGUUUGGAGGAAGUCGAGAACAAAUUGUCUUCUAAUUUUAUUCAAGAUUUCAAACAAAAUAUGCGGAAAACAAAGAUUGAGUUGGCAUUACCGAAAUUCCGAUUGGAGUAUUCCAAAUCCAUGAAAAAUGCGUUUCAGGAAUUGGGAAUGAAACGAGUGUUUGAAUGUGGUGCUGAUCUCAGUGGAAUAAAUGACUCCAAGCAACUAAGUGUGUCGGAGAUCAUUCAUAAAGCUGUUGUUGUCGUAAAUGAAGAAGGAAGCGAAGCAGCUGCUGCAACAGCUGUGUGUGUUAUGUUAUGUUCCUUGUCUUUUGAUCCUGAGGUCAUCGUUGAUCAUCCUUUUGCUUUUGUUAUAUAUGAUACGAGAAGCGAUCUAAUUUUAUUUAUGGGUAGAAUUGAAGAGUUAGAAGAAGUAGUCUACAAAUAAAAUACAGUCUAGGUAAAUUUUCUGUUUUACACAUAUUUUGAAGAAUUUUCUUUGCGCUAACUGUUGUAUUUCAAAGAACUGAAUUAGAGAAAAUUGGAACAAUUUUGACAUGCUAUUAAAAUAUAAUUUAUAAUAUUUUAUUGCUCAUUAGCAGAGCAUGGACAUUCCUUUUUUUUACUGUAUAAGAUUCUGCUAUUUCUUCAAUGUCUGUAAAAAUUAAUUAAACACUUUUAUUUUAUUUUUUCUGUGUGAAAAUCUUGACUAGAAUGAAUUAUCUACGGUCUACUUAUGUAAUUGAUUGUAUUAUUGUUCGAAAAUAAAUUACUCAUAUAUAACAAAA